AUCUGCAGUUUUAGUAGGAGGAAGAGACGCUUUGCAGUAACGGUUUCUUGUAAACAAGUUCCCCAAUUUUCAUUAACACCCAAGAAUUUCCUCUAAAUGACGCAUAACGUAACGGCAUUCAGAGGGUGAACUUGCUGAUGUGCUCCAGAGCUCCUGUUGCAGAACUGAAGCGUGCUUGAACUUAAUGUUACAAAAUAACGGCUGGACAUUCUCCUUCAGGAUGUUCUAGUAGAGAGCAUCAAUUAAAGCAUGAUAUUUAGAAAUAUUCUUAUCCAUGAGCUAUAAAACAGGAUGAAGAGGCUUUUUACAUUUCUGUUCAUCUGUCACAUUGCAUCUCCAGAACUACACUCCCUGUGGUAUAUCCUCUGUGCCACUUCAGGAAUGUCAGAUUCUCCAGAGUUUUUGGCAUCUGGAGUUGUGGAUGGUGUAGAGGUGGCGUACUGUGACAACAACCUAAAGGAUGUAAAGCCCAGAACGCCUUGGAUGAGUAAACUAUUAGAAGAUGAUCCUCAGCAUAUGCAGUGGCUGAAUAACAAGUGCUUAAUAAACCGCUUGUAUUUUAAAGCGACAAUUAUGACUUUGAAACAGCGCUUUAACCAGUCAAAGGAUGUGCACAUUUUUCAGAGGAUGAAUGGAUGUUUUUGGGACGAUGAAACCAGGGAAUUUGAAGGCUUUAAUGCAUACGGUUAUGAUGGUGAAGACCUCAUAAGAUUCGACCUGAAGACGUUGACAUGGAUUACCCCACGACAUCAGACUGUCAUCAACAAACACAACUGGGACAAUGAUGGAAAUAGCUUGUUUUGGAAGUAUGCAUUGACAGAAGACUGCAGAAACUUUCUUCAGCUAUACUUGAAUUAUGGAAAAAGGUCCUUGCAGGCAACAGUUCAUCCCUCAGUGUCUCUCCUCCAGAAGACUCCCUUCAUUCCGGUCACUUGCCACGCUACAGGUUUCUAUCCUGACAGAGCCCUGAUGUUCUGGAGGAAAGAUGGAGAGGAGCUCCAUGAAGGUGUGGAGAAAGGAGAGAUCCUCCCCAACAAUGAUGGGACCUUCCAGAUGAGUGUUGAUCUCAACGUUUCAUCAGUCACAGGUGAAGACUGGAGAAGGUAUGACUGCGUGUUUCAGUUCUCUGGUUUGAAGGACAGUAUCACCACCAAGCUGGACAGAGCCCUGAUCAGAACAAACCAAGGUUCUUCUUUUGGACUAUACAUUAGUAUUGCCAUCGGAGCAGUUCUGAUGAUUUUAGUGGUGCUGGUCUGUGCUGUUUUUGUCACGAAGAGAAGGAUCAGCAGUGGGUUAUGAUGUCUUGAAAAGCAACCAUGAGCCGAUGAUGUUGACCUGUGUUGGAGUCAUCCAUUUUGUUCGCACAGUUUGACAUGCGCAGCUCAACAGACAUCGCAGCUCUGACAUCACCGGGAUUAUGAAUCCGCCGAAAAUAAAGUUUUGUUGCCAUUUCUAGUGUUGGGACCACAGCCGUGGAUUAAAACAUCAAGAUGCGAUACAGACUUUUCUGGAACUUUCAAAAUAAAUUGCAUUUAACCUACUUCCGGCACAGCCAGGGAAAGGGGUAAGAGCGGACUUCCCAUGAUGCCACUGGCCGUAUAAAACCCCACCUUUCCAAGGAAUCGAUCUCUUCCACGCCGGUGACGACCGGGUCAAGAGGGACACAGUGUGCUAUGUCUCUUUGCAGGCAAACAGAUAUAACUCUUCAACUGGAUCCAAGGGUGUCAUACGAUCAUCGAUCAUAUGCACUAAGUUAAGUAUGAAUUAAUUACUGUUGGAAGAAUCCGGCAUUCCUUCAUAGAAGGGGAUAAUUAAGGUACAAGCGUGGCGUGAGUUUUCUCUCUGAGUUCUACAGAUCAAACUGUGUUAUAGAGAGUUCCCAGCAGAGACCUUGUCUCUACAACGCCGAGUGCUGCAGUUUCCCGGUCUGAAAGGUGGACAACGGCACUGGAUCACCGUGGUUAUGGCAGUUAACGUGCAGUGUGGUCAGUGGAAAGAGCGAGCCGCCCAGCCACUGCUCUGGAGAUUAGCUGUAGCUAACCUUUUGUUCACAGAGUUUCUUCAAACUUCGUCGUCGCACGGAUAACUUUCC